AUGGACCUCCAUGGGAGAGGAGCACCCCAGGUGGAGGAACGGAGGGCCUGGACGGAAGCCUGUCCUCUGCAGCUGCCCCAAAGGCUGCUCCUGCUGGGGGCAACUGCCCUGACUGCGUCUGCGCUGCACACAGCCGACCUGGUGGACCUGUGUGGCCAGACGUGGCAGGGGGACGGGCUGCUGCUGCUGCGCUCGCACUCCGCUUCGCGCCGCUUCUACUUCGUGGCCCCAGACACCGACUGCAGGCUCUGGAUGCUGGCGGCGGCGCCCGGAGACAGGAUCCGCUUCCAGUUUCGCUUCUUCCUGGUCUACAGCCUGACCCCGCCGGCGCCCAACGCCUCCUCCCCGGCGCCGGAGGACCCCUGCGCCCCCGGGGCCUACCUGCAGUUCUACGAGGGCCCGCCGGGGGCGCCACGGCCUCUGGGGGCCCGGCUCUGCGGCCUGACCAUGCCUGGGCCGGUGGCGUCCUCCGGGGACUUCCUGGGCCUGCGCCUGGUCACCAGAGGCCGCCAGCCCCGCGUGGACUUCGUGGGCGAAGUCUCCUCUUUCCGGUUGGGAUCCUGUUGUGCCUACUUCCGAUGUCAGAACAGCAGGUGCAUCCCCCCGAGCCUGGUGUGCGAUCCCUGGGGCAUGGACAACUGUGGCGAUGGCAGUGACCAGGCUUCGUGGCCAGCAGCCAACUGCAGAGAGCUGUUAUUUCCCACUGCCGGUCCCUCUCCGGUGCCCAGCCAGGAAGGGAGUACGGAUGAUGGUACCUCCCGGCCCCUGACUCUUCCCCCAGCUCGUGGGUCUGCGGGCCCCCUGGGGAUUGCAGCUGAGCGGAGCCCCCCAGCACGCCGGGACCCUGCACGACAGGAUGCAGCUCUGGAAGCCGGCUGGCUUGGUGGGCUGGUGGUGUGCACCAUCUGUUACACAUGUCCUGGCCAGGUGGCCCCUGGGGGCCUGCGGCUGAGUGAGCCAGGCUUCCAGGGGCUGUCUAACCUUGGGCAGAUCAUAUAA